UUCUUAUUUUGCUUGGCACCGCUCCCUCGCUCUGCCCAUCUCGCUGCCGAGCGCCCCACGCCCGUCUUCCUCCUCGCGCGGGCGCCGUCACCCAUCCCGCUGCCGAGCGCCCCAGCGCCCCUAGCUCUCGUCUUCCUCCUUGCGCGAGGGCCGCCACCGCAGGUGUGUGUGAGCCGCAUUGAUUUGCCUGGCAUCUGGUGGAGGUGUGAGGUGUGAAAUGGUGGAUUUCUUACGCCGGCUCGCUGGUCUCCUGCUCAAGUGCUGCGAUCUUGACAUUCCCAAUCGCCCCAAGGGCCUCGAGGAUCCUGAGCGACUAGCCAGGGAAACAGUUUUUAGCGUAAAUGAGAUCGAGGCAUUGUAUGAGUUGUUCAAGAAGAUUAGCAGUGCUGUGGUUGACGAUGGUGUGAUUAAUAAGGAAGAAUUCCAACUGGCACUGUUUAAGACCAACAGGAAAGACAGCAUGUUUGCUGACAGGGUGUUUGAUUUGUUCGACACCAAGCACAAUGGAAUUCUCGAAUUUGAAGAAUUUGUGCGAGCUCUUUCUGUGUUCCAUCCUAAUGCACCAGUUGAUGACAAAAUUGAUUUUGCUUUCAAACUGUAUGAUCUGAAACAACAAGGAUUCAUUGAAAAGCAAGAGGUGAAGCAAAUGGUGGUUGCCACACUUGCUGAAUCAGGAAUGAACCUUUCAGAUGAGGUUAUAGAAGGCAUUAUCGACAAGACAUUUGAGGAAGCAGACACAAAACAUGAUGGUAAAAUUGACAAAGAGGAAUGGCGCAAUCUUGUCUUGAGGCAUCCAUCUUUGUUGAAGAAUAUGACACUCCCAUAUCUCAGGGAUAUCACCACAACAUUUCCAAGCUUCGUCUUCAAUUCUCAGGUUGAGGAUGCUUGAGAUUACAAUUCCUAGGUUACCGUUGAAGCUUGUGGAGAGCACGUCAGACCAGAUUGUAGGUGCAAUUUGUGUGUUUUAUUUGUUUAUUCUCUUUUGGCAACAUCCUUGUGCUUGGAACAACUCUUGUAAUUUUUCGGCUCCUUCAAAUGUGAAUUCUUUGUAAUCUCCUCGCGAGGGUCUUUCUUUUGUAUAUAUCUGAGAGUAUAUUCUAGCGUGAACUCUUCCUCGUUAUGUAUAAAUCCUCUCCAGGUACUUAGGUGCCUGUACGAGUAGUAACUGAGAACUUGUAUAGUAAUAUUGUACGGUUUUUCUUCA